AUGGCUUCCGCUUCCUCGAAUGCCAAGCAGAGCCUCUACCCGGAUGUGGACCAGUCCCACCCUGAUCUCAACACCCCCUUCUUCUCCGCGCCCACCACCUCCACCGGCGCCGGCGCCGGCACCGCCACCACGGGCAACUCCCUCUACCCUACCGUCGACCCCAACGAGCUCGCCGAGAACCUCUUCCCCGAGACGUCCGAAGAGGACGCCGCGCCGCCGCCGCCCACCACAGAGGAGACCGUCGUCGCCGUCCCCGGGGCGCAGCUCCACCUCGUCGACCCCGACCGCAGCCUCGACCUCGGCGCUGGCACGCUCUCCAUCGUGCGCCUCCGCCAGGGGGACCACUCCGUCGCCAUCCUGGCGCGCCUGAUCCCCGAGAAGCCCCACCACCGCCGCGGCCUCUUCCGCCUGUUCAGCAGCGGACGGUCUGACGGUGGCGCCGAGCAGGAGCCCGUCCAGUGGCCGCUCACCCGCGAUGUCGCCGCGGUCAAGCUCGACCCCGCGCACUACUUCUUCUCGCUCCAUGUCCCGCACACGGACCACCCAGACGACAAGGAUGACGUCGAGGAUGCCGAGGUGGACGCGGAGGCGGCGCUGAGCUACGGCCUCACGGUCGUUGGGAAGGGGCAGGAGAAAGUAUUGGAGGAGCUGGAUAGGGUCCUCGAGGAGUACACCACCUACUCGGUGAAGCAGGUGGAGGCGGCGGCGAAGGAGAAGUCGGAGGUCAUGGACGCGAGGGCAGUGGCCGAGAUCACUCCGGAGGAAGCUGUCGGGGAUAAGAAGGAGGUCGUUGAGGAGAAGUCUGCGGCGUUCUGGACGACAAUCGCGCCGAACGUCGACGAUUACAGCUCGUCGGUGGCACGGCUGAUGGCGCGAGGCUCGGGGCAGCUUGUGAGGGGCAUCAUCUGGUGCAGCGACAUCACGGCGGAGGGCCUGCGGCGUGGUGAAGAGGUGGCGAAGAAGAGCGUGGGGCCUAGCGCGAAGCCGACGCAGGUGAAGCCCAGAACUCUCAGAAGGAUGAAGAGGGCUAGGAGGGUUACAAAGAUGUCCAACAGGGUGGCAAACUCAAUCCUGUCUGGUGUUCUGAAGGUCACUGGCUUUGUCACAAGCACCGUGUUGAACUCCAAACCAGCACAAAAGUUUUUCAAGUUAAUGCCUGGCGAAGUUAUUCUUGCUUCACUUGAUGGAUUUGGGAAAAUAUGGGAUGCUGUAGAAGUGUCUGGCAAGAAUGUGAUGCAGACAUCAUCAGUCGUGACAACUUCUGUUGUAACACACAGAUACGGUGAGCAAGCAGGGGAAGCCACACACAAUUACCUCCACGCUACAGGAAAUGCUCUCGGAGCUGCGUGGGCUGUAUUCAAGAUUAGGAAAGCACUCGACCCUAAGGGUAAUUUGAAGAAGUCAUCUUUUGUCAGCCAAGCAGCGCACACUGUAGCUAAAGAAUCAAUUGCGAGGCAAAAGAAGAAUUUUAAUUCCACCUGUGCAUUCCGUGUGCUCUUGAAAGUAAGUUCUGUUCCAUUUCAUCAUGUUGAUUCGUGCCUUCGUGUCGUGCAUUUCUUUCUUCUCGGGUUAUCAGUGACUGAGGGGGCACCGGCAGCGUCACACACACUCGAGCGGCCGCGGUCCCGCGGAGGCGCGGACGGCGGACCACAGCUUCCUGCGGCCGGGCCCCUGUCAGUCUGUCACAGCGCCGCACACAGAUCAAAAUUGCUGCCCGCGCGCGCGGCGCCUCCACCAGAUCCGAUGCACGCAUCGCGGAGCCACCUGCCCACGUUCGGCGAGUCCCUCCUCCGCCUCGUGGCCGCCUGCCGCGCACCCGCCCACCUCCCAUCCCUGCGCGCUGCGCACGCGCGCCUCCUCGUGCUGCUCCACCCUUCCCACCCAUCCGCCGCACACGCUAGCGUCAAGCUCAUCCAAGCCUACGCCGCCUGCUCCGCUCUCCGCUUGGCACACGCCGUGCUCGAGUCCUGCUCCUCCCCCGGCGGCAGCAGCAGGACCACCACCGUCUGCUUCAACGUACUCAUUCGCGCGCUCACCGCCGCCUCUCUCACCGCGAUGCGCUCGUCCUCUUCGCCUCCAUGCGGCCGCGGGGCCCCCCCUGCUUCCCCGACCACUACACCCUGCCCGCUCGCGCUCAAGUCGUGCACGGCGUCAAACGACCUCCUCCUCGGCCUCCAGAUCCAUUCCGCCGUCGCCAAGCUCCGCCUCGACGCGAACGCCUACGUGGCGCACUCCGCGAUCUGCAUGUACGCGCGGUGCGGCCGCCCGGAGGACGCGUACAGGGUGUUCGACGGAAUGCCGCACCGGGAUGUCGUCUCCUGGAACGCUAUGAUCGCCGGGUUCGCGCGCGCGGGUCUGUUUGACCGUGCUAUUGAGGUUUUUAAGCAGUUUGUGGUGCUGCAGGGUUCGAUGCCGGAUGCUGGCACCAUGGCAGGCAUCUUGCCGGCUAUGGGGAAUGCCAAGUCAGAUGACAUUGCGUUUGUGAGGGGAGUGUUUGACCAUAUGCAGUUUAAGGAACUUAUCUCUUGGAAUGCUAUGCUCGCUGUAUAUGCUAACAAUGGAUAUCAUGUUAAGGCUGUUGAGCUUUUCAUGCUGAUGGAAAAGGAUGAGGUUGAGCCAGGUUCAGUGACUCUGGCAACUAUUCUUCCUCCAUGUGGGGAGCUCUCAGCAUUUUCAGUGGGAAAACGGAUUCAUGGGAUUAUCAAGAGGAAAAAUAUGUGCCCUAACUUGUUGCUUGAAAAUGCUCUCGUGGACAUGUAUGCAAGCUGUGGAUGUUUGAAGGAUGCUAGGGAGGUCUUCGAUUCCAUGAGUGUACGGGAUGUGAUAUCAUGGACUUCAAUCAUAUCUGCUUAUGGAAAGCAUGGUCAUGGAAGAGAGGCUGUUGAUCUUUUUGAGAAGAUGCUAGGAGAGGGGCUGAAACCAGACUCUAUUGCCUUCGUUGCUGUUCUAGCAGCAUGCAGCCAUGCUGGCCUUUUGGAUGAUGGAAAGCGUUACUUUGAUUCUAUGACUUCCAGGUAUCAUAUCACUCCAAAAGCAGAGCACUAUACUUGCAUGGUGGACCUUCUCGGCCGUGCUGGAUGUAUAAGCGAGGCAUAUGAUUUCAUCACAACAAUGCUGAUCGAGCCAAAUGAAAGAGUCUGGGGAGCCUUAUUACAAGCUUGUCGAAUUCACUCUAAUAUGAACAUUGGACUCGUGGCAGCAGACAAUCUGUUCAGAUUGGUACCUGAACAAACAGGAUACUAUGUGCUGUUAUCUAAUAUGUAUGCUAGGGCUGGGAGAUGGGCAGAUGUUACCUCGGUGAGAAGUGUCAUGGUGAAUAAGGGUAUCAAGAAAUUUCCUGGUACUAGCAUUGUCGAGCUAGGGGAUCGGGUUCACACAUUUCAUAUUGGUGAUAGAUGUCACCCACAAUCUGAAAUGAUCUAUCAGAAACUGGAUGAGCUACUGGGCAAAAUAAGGAGAAUGGGUUAUAACCCAGAGGUAGAGGCUACACUUCAUGAUGUUGAAGAAGAAGACAAGGAGGGCCAUCUUUCUGUUCACAGUGAGAAAUUGGCGAUUGCAUUUCUCCUUUUGAACACUGGUCCAGGCACAACUAUCAGGGUGACUAUGAAUCUCAGAACCUGUAGUGACUGUCAUCUUGCUGCAAAGCUGAUUUCGGUAAUCACCAGUAGAGAGAUUAUCCUCAAAGACACCAAUAGGAUCCAUCAUAUAGUACAAGGAGUUUGUUCAUGUGGGGAUUAUUGGUAG